AUGGCCACGACAGCACCUCCACCAACACCCGAAUACCUCAACUGGUCCGAUCCCCUGGUCAUCAACGCUCAAAUUGGUGGGUUCGACAUGAGCAAAGUCUUCAUGGAUGCUGGCAGCGCCAUCAACCUCAUCUAUACCAAAACACUUCGUGCAAUGAACAUCUCGCUAGCCAACCUCACACCCUCGGAAAUCUGCUUCCAUGGCAUAGUUCCUGGAAAACCAGAGAUUCCUGUGGGAACCAUAGCACUUGAUGUGGUCUUUGGGUCACGGGAGAACUUCAGACGAGAAAAGAUCGACUUCGAGGUCAUGGACUGGCCAUCACAGUAUCAUGCAAUACUAGGGCGACCCGCGUACUCGAGGUUCAUGGCGGUAUCACACCACACCUACCUCGUAAUGAAGAUACCAGGACCCAACGGAGUCAUUACUGUCAAGGGAAGUUUCACCCAAUCCGACGCAUGCGACCGCGAAUUCAACAAGAUAUCUCAGUCCUUCGGCAUGCAAGCAGAGUACGUGCAGCUCAAGGAUUCCACUGAUCACAACGUAACGCCCGAGGUAAGGAGGUCUGUACCAGAUCAAGUGUUCGACUCCACCAAGGAUACACGAGAAGUGCAAAUCCAUCCCAACGACCCGAAGAAAACUACCUUCGUGGCGGCCAAUCUUGAGGCUGCAUAG